AAUAUCGGCGAGCGCCUCAUGCCUGCCAUCCAUGGUCGCGUGAAGGUCUUCCAUUCGGCCACUGCAACUUACUUCUCACCCAGUGAGCUCGCUGGCGCUGGCGGGAUGCAUCGGGAAUGGAUCCGAUGUACUCCGCAAAGGCGAAAUGGAUACGAACGAUACGACACCGUUCUCGUUUCGUUAGAUCCCGCUGAGGAGGGGAUGAAAGGGAUGGUUGUUGGUCGGGUGCGUGCAUUCAAGUCGGUUGAGCACAACCGGGACAGCUACCCCUGUACUCUCGUUGAGCGGUUUGUGCGUAGGCACGACCGUCCUGACCCGUCUACCCGAGUAUGGGUUGUUGAACCUGAGAUUAUCAAUGGUUCUCGUGUGCUUCUGUUGUCCAUACUGAUGCAAUUGUGCAUGGUGUCCAUUUGA